GAAAUAAAUAGUGAAGUGCUUUUCCAAUCUUAUUCUCUUUCUCAUCGUAUGUAAGACUAAAUUAAACGGAGAGGAUUGCAACAGAAUAAUUCAAAAGAAAUUACAUCACGUAUCUCGUAAAAUUGUUAAACAGCUGCAACUAACGAAACUUAUUUCUCAAAGUUUCUGAAGUUCUGAAUCAAUUCUUGUACGAAUUAUAUAUUGUAAAUCAUGAAGAGAACGGAUUUGAAUAUUGUGUGAUCUUAAAAAUUACAACUUUAAUUAUGAUGUUAUGAAAGAAAGAGUGAAAUUUACUAAGUUUUAAUGACAACAAUUGAAUCGUUGUAAACUAUGAAGGAGAAAAAUAUGAAAUCUACAGUUUCAAGACGAAGCUGUAAAAGAGAAUUUAUAUUUGAGAAUUGAGGAUCACAGCUUAUAAACUAUGAAAAGGAAAGAUUUGAAGGUUUCCUUACCUUUAGAAACCACUAUUUCGACUGUGAAGAACAUGGUUUCCAUGAGAAGAGGCAUAGUUUUAAGCUAGGACUGUGAGAAUGAAGGAUUCGAAGGCUACAUGACCUUUAAACUUAUGACUUCAGUUUUUUAACUAUGAACUAGGUCCACCUGAUUGUUAAAAGAUACAAUAUCCCAACCAUGCCGCAUCCUUGUGUUGUCUGCGGUCGUUCACGCAUGAACCCGAACAAUCGUGAGGAGGAAUACAUGUUCUUCGGCUUCCCGGUGAACGAUGAGGCCCGUUGUCGCCGUUGGCUUGAGUUCUGCUGUCGCGAGGAUCUCUAUAAACUCACGAAGAAGCAGCUUCUUCAGCGUAUGGUCUGUUCGAAGCAUUUCCAAUCCCAAGACUUUCUUAAUGAGUACUUAGAUCGUCUAAAUUUCAAUGCAGUUCCAUCGGUCUACGAUCCUAAGCAAAGCUUAUACAAUAUAACGUGCGUUCUUUGUGGGAGAGCACGAAGAGAUCCAUCCGGAACGGAUUACGAUGGAACAACGUUUCACCAUUUUCCUGGCGAAGAAUUCCGUUGCCUCAAGUGGCUGGAUUUUGUUGGAGUGGAUUCAUAUUAUAGGCUAACAAGAAAGGAAAUCCUUUUCUGUUACAUCUGUUCCAAACAUUUCGAUCGUUCUCAGUUCGUUCCAGGAUACAGGGGAAGGUUAAUAGACAAUGCUGUUCCCAAUAUUCGUGAUUCGGACUCGCUGAACGAGUCAGAGUCGUCUAUCGUCGAGCUGCAAGCUGAACCGAAGCUCUUUAGCGUUCCCGAUAAAUGUAAAAAAUUGGAGCCGUUGCCUACUGAGGUUUUGGAUAGCCAGGCUUGCGCGGCUUGUGGUCGCUCGAGAUCUGAUCCGAGAAACAAACUGGAACGUUACAAGUUCCAUCCGUUCCCUGCAUAUGAGAUUGGUCGAUGUUUGCGCUGGUGCCAAUUUCUGGGCCGUGAAGACUUGCUGAAGAUGUCACCCAAUCAGAUACGCAGGCUCGUGCUAUGUUCAAGACAUUUUCAGACUGGUCAGAGCUUUGAUAAGAUUGGUCCGUGUGAUGCAGUACCAACUAUCAAGGACAUUUCUGAAUCUGAGAAUAUCAUAGAACAAAAUGAGGAGGAUCAGGAUCCUGGAGAGGAUAAUAAAGAUCCAGCCAAGACUAUUAAGCGUUUUUCCAGGCCACUAGUAUCUAGCAAAAAGCCUAAAGUGGACAAUAAACCCGCGCCAUUGGCGAAGAAACGCGGGAAGUCUCGAAGACCGACCUCCAUUAAUAUUCCUAAGCCUGAUCCUAACAAUAUGGAAAAUCGGAUGAUCAAGAAAUUACCUCUCCCGCCUACGACUAAUUGGAAGAUUCAACUGGGAGAUCAACUACAGCCGAUCACCAUCAAUAAUAUUCCUUCAAAUGUUGCAAAUAAUAUCCAGGGUGGCAUCAAGAAGAUUAUAGUGCCCUUUACUGGAGAUAUAUCGUCUCUAGGAGCACCUAUACCGGUUCACAGUCUAUCGAGUAUUCCCCCGGGACUGUUGAUCAAGAUAAACCUGCCGGAACAAGAAUCGCAACAGCAACAGAAACCUUUGAAGAUAAAAAAGCAAAAUAAGAAAAGCUUAACAAGCGAUUCGAGCGAGCAGCAAAUCUGGGCGAAGAAUAAUGGUCAAGCUUCAGUUAUUUUACAGAAUGUAAAGCAAGAUGAAGACAAAAACUUGGUAGAAUUUUUGUCAAUGUCUCCAGAGCCUAUGGAGCAAGCUCUGAACUCUAAUGAAAUGGAAGUACAAGAAGAAGUGGUGCUUCCGGAUUCUUUGGAGAUCUUAGAAGAUAAAUCUAGCAUAGAGGUAAAGGAAGAGCAGUAUUUUGAAGAGUUUGAGGAAAUGAAACCACUUGCAGUAAAAAAGAAGACACCAAGGCGAAAAAGAAUAGCAGGAACCUUGAGGAGAACUAUGUUUCCCAUCACCACUGAGAUUAAGCAUUUCUUGAAAAGAAUGACCCCACUGAUGCACCGACUGCCGACGCGUGCCAGGGCAACUUUAAAACUGUCCAUUGUCAAUAUGGUGAUUGAUCAACUUUGAAAAAUCGUAUAGAAACAUUUUUGUAGUAUAAACUUUUUUUUUGGCUUUAGAGGAACAUUUGAGAAAAUUUGUGGUACUAUUAUUAUUAUUGGAAUCAGAAUUUGCCACAUUUUUACAGGUGUUUCAUUAACUAAACAAUUUUCAAGAAAUCCGAAUUAUCAAAUUUAAUUUGGUUGUUAACAUGAUAUUAUUAUACAAUAAUUUUGUUGAUAUUUUUGAUCAUUGACAAUGUUCUAAAUUUUAGAAGUUGCUACAUUUAAUUAUAUCUGUAAUUUAUAAUUGUAAAGAUCUUAGAAUUUCCACACGCAAAACUUUUUCCAAUCAACAUUAUAAAUUUUUAUUCAAUGUUCUUCAAAAAUUUAUAAUGUUGAUUGGAAAAAGUUUUGCGUGUGGAAAUUCUAAGAUCUUUACAAUUAUAAAUUACAGAUAUAAUUAAAUGUAGCAACUUUAUUAUCUAUAUUUUAACAAAUAAACUAUAACAAAUGCAUUAUUAUGCAUUAGGAUGAACACUAAUUUGACAACGCUACAAAAUUUUACAAAAAGAUUAUAGUUAUGUAUUCUUUAUAUCUUUUAUAUACAUAUACACUCUGUAAUGUAUAUAAUUAAGAUUCUUUUUACUAUGUUUAGUAUUGAAAUUAAUGUAAAUUAUGAUUAUGUUAUUAGGUUAAGAAGAAAUUUAUUUUUUGUAAAAUAUUUUUAAGAAAUAUUUUUUCGAUAUUGUA